AUGUUUAAACCGUCUCCGAGUUCAAUGAAAGCUGCUUCUAAAGCGAGUUUACGUAGUAGAAGAGGAACACAGCCGGCUAAACCUCUUUUGCCGCCUCUUCAGCUUUAUAGACGCAUCCUCAGAGAACACCGGAAUUUACCCGAUGCCCAGAGAGAAUUGGGUGAUCAAUAUGUGAAAAACGAGUUCAAACUUCACAAAACCACGAGCAAUCCACUUCAUAUUGUUGGUUUUCUCGCGUCAUGGCAAGACUAUCUUCAUGUCGUCACUCAAGGACAAUGGCACGAGGCGACGCUCUCCGCUGAGCUACUAGACAAAAUGUCACCCGAUCAAGUAACACAACUAUAUGAGCUCAUGAAAGAAACCGAAACUAUGCGUCAAUCAGAAUGA